ACGAGCGAAACUCUUGUCUCAAAAAAAAAAAAAAAAAGAAAGCAAAUGUGAUAAAAUCAUGGCCAGGAGAGAGAACCUAUAAACUGAGUCCCAGCUUUGAUGCCUGUAGUGUAUAUCUCUGCCCCCUUUUAAUCUCUUUCCGUCUAGAUUGCUUCCUGAGGAAGUUGGACCUUCUGAAGAUCCUGAAGAGCCUAAAGGAGACUCACAGGCAGGUACCCCCCUCACUUUAGCCCUGUGUGGCCAGCGCCCCAUGCGCAAGCGUCUUUCUGCCCCAGAGUUGCGACUGAGUCUGACUAAGGGGCCUGGAAAUGAUGGAGCUUCGCCCACCCAGUCUGCACCUUCCUCUCCUGAUGGGAGCUCUGACCUGGAAGUGGACGAAUUAGAGACACCUUCAGACUCGGAGCAGCUGGACAGUGGACACGAAUUUGAAUGGGAAGAUGAGUUACCCCGGGCAGAGGGUCUGGGCGCCAGCGAGGCAGCUGAAAGGCUGGGCCGAGGCUGUAUGUGGGAUGUGGCUGGAGAAGAUGGACAUCACUGGAGGGUGUUCCGAAUGGGACCACGGGAGCAGCGUGUGGACAUGACUGUCAUUGAGCCCUAUAAGAAAGUCCUGUCUCAUGGAGGUUACCAUGGUGACGGCCUCAAUGCUGUCAUCCUUUUUGCUUCCUGUUAUCUACCCAGAAGCAGCAUCCCCAACUACACCUACGUCAUGGAACACUUAUUUAGGUACAUGGUGGGAACACUGGAGCUGCUAGUAGCUGAAAAUUACCUGCUUGUUCAUUUGAGUGGAGGCACAAGCAGGGCCCAAGUUCCACCUCUGAGCUGGAUACGCCAGUGUUACCGCACCCUGGAUCGGCGGCUGCGAAAAAACCUGCGAGCCCUGGUGGUUGUCCACGCCACGUGGUAUGUGAAGGCAUUUCUGGCACUGCUUCGGCCCUUUAUCAGUUCCAAAUUCACACGAAAAAUCCGUUUUCUGGACAGCCUGGAGGAGCUGGCCCAACUCAUAUCCCUGGAUCAAGUCCACAUCCCUGAAGCUGUCAGACAGCUGGACCGGGAUCUCCAUGGCUCAGGAGGGACCUAGCACAGGACUGGAUAAAGGGCCUUAGAACCAAGCAAAGAUGGUGAUCUGCCUGCACUUGAAUCCCAGAAACAUCUGAGCUGUUUUGUAAAUCAUCUUAUCCCCAACCUCAGUACCACCGGAUCUUCACUUCUCAGUGGGAUUUCAUCCUUUGCAUGACCCCUGCCUUCGGGGGGCUUUGAGACUGGGAAGCUGAUCUUCUGGGUGACUUUCAUUCCAGCUGUUGGGGUGGAAGGCUGAGUGUAGGGUCAUUUUGUAUGGGAUAUGCAGAGCUGUGGGUUUUAAUCCUGCUUUUGCUGUAGAACCUUGGGCAAAUACCUUCAUCUUUUUGAGUCCUCAUUUUCUUCCUCUCUAACUGGAGGGGCUGUGAUCCUUCCACCUUGGAUGGAAGAGGCUUACUUGACAGCCAGCCUGCCUGCUGGGAGCCGGGAGAGCCAGCUCAUUAAAUCUUGAAGAACCGCUGUAUGCCCUUUUUCCUUCUAAGUCAUGUCUGCUGCCUGUGAGCCUGGGAAGGAGUGCUUUCAAAACCUGUAUAUUUGCCCUCUUGAGUAAAUUGAGAUCUGUAGCGGCUAAUAAACUGCGAUGAGACAUUUAA